CUUAAAUGUGGCUGUAUGAGCCUUGGUCAACAACACACAGUUCAGACCCCCUGCAGAGAAUUACCCAGCGGACAGAUGGCCGUGUGUUUUGGCUCCGGUGGCUCCCUGUCAGAGCUUCAGGGGCCGUUCAUUGAGCCCCCGUGCUCCCGUGCAGUUAAUUACCACAACAUGCACAAUUUGAUCAAGCUAACACAUGCAUAUGGCACACACACUUGAUGCUUUCUCACUUCACCAGGCGGAUUCACAUCCAUUGGUUGCGUGUUGCCAUUCUGUUCUCUCACCCUCAGGAUUAUUUUUAAGUUGCUAAGCAACAUCUUCACACCAGCAACCAGCAUGUAGAAUGUCAACAGUCAAAAGCACCCACAAGGAUGUGAAGAACUUGUAAUGUGGGCCUUGAUUUCGAAUUUGUGUUUAACGUCUCAGAAAUGGGCCACAUUAACAGGCUAGUCUUUAACCUCACAGGCGAGAGGUCCGGCUUGAGCCCUCUGUAUGGAAUUUCCAUGUUCUUCGCAUGCACAUUAAGAAAACAGGCAUGUCAGGUGAAGAUUCUAAAUUGUCAAUAGGUGUGAAUAUGAGUGUAGGUGGUGGUUGUAAAUGGUUUAUAUAUGUGCCCUGUGUACCUCUCCUCUUACCCAAAGUCAGCUUGGAUAGGUUUUUAUCUCACUCACAUUAAUGAAGGCAAGUGGGUGGAUAAUAAAAACUCUUAACUUGAUGGAUCUUUGCCUUUGUUUUGUAUCACCAUCCUGCCUAAGUCACUGGUCUGGAGAGUUUUUGGGCAAACCUACAAUUUUCCCACUCAGCCCCGACAGUCCUCGACCCCGUUUACCCCACCCAUUCGUGAUGUUGUGCAGCAAGCACCGUGUGAAGUUGCAGGAGCUGCGUGCUGCUAUUUGUGCCAGACUGCAACCCACCACCAAGCAGCAGCAGCAGCAGCAGCAGCAGCUUAUCGGAUCAAACCAUUCCAGCUCUCUAGGUUCGAGCAGCUGCCACCCCGGCCGUUUGCAUCGCACAAAAAGGCUCCGGUUGUAAGAUAGGCGCGCUCACUUUGCUCUACCGCCGAAAGAUUUGGGACGCUGCCGCCGAGAGGCUCCGGCGAGAUGCGCGCCCAAGCUGCGCCGGUACCCCCGUCGUGAAAGCGGCAGCAUCAGCCGCCGCCUGCAAUGGCGCUGUAGCCGCUCCAGUCAGUGUGCAUCCUCGCACACGGCUCCGCGGUGGCCAUUCCGUCCGGGACUCUUCCAACAAGCGUAUGGAUCGAAAAUGCGCCUUUCGAAAGCUUUCUGCAGCGAGAGCGUCAGUGUUUUGCUUUAGCUUCCACUGAGCGUGGGUUUCACUUCUUGUGCAUCAAAACGGAACCGAAGCCACGAAUGUGUGAGCAGGCCCGAAAGGAUUCUAAAACUGUAUCGAUUGGAGAGGAUUUGGCAGCCCCGCAAUAGGUCAAACCGAAUGCUCAGUCCUGAGUUCUAAUGAGGCCACGGCGAUGCUGACACCCCCGCUCAAUCCGAAGACGACAUAAUGCUGAAGACGGAGGCCACGGGGGAGAGGACCAGCCUCCGGAGUGCCUCCCCGCACCGCAAUGCCUACCGGGCUGAGUUUCAGGCCCUCAAGAAGGCCUUUGACCAGCCUCAAAUAGAUGGAAACUCCAAACCCAAGGACCUUGAACGGGGGAAACAACCAAGGGGUCGCCAAUAUGGCACACAUGUCAGCCGCAUUAAAGACAUGUUCAUGCAGAUGGGCUCAGAAAGUGCAACUGUUAAGUCAAGGGGUCAAGAUGAUACCUCGCCCCAAAAGCUGGUCAAGCCAACCAAUUUCAUUAACAAGGCUGAUGGACUGGUGAUAAAACUCCAGCAUUCCUCAUCGGCCGAAAGGGUAGGCGGCGCGGGAGCAAAAUUCUCGGAAACCAGGAAGUUGUUUGAACAGCAUUCACGUGACCAGUCCCAAUCACCCGUCUACCCCUACGGACGCGAUAAAAGGGGUUCCCACGAGCACCUGGAUGACUGGCGGGGCGCCAGGUCCAACAGAGGCAGUACCGACUCGCUGGACUCGCUGUGCUCCAGAACGGAGGCGUCGUCGCCAACCGUUAGCCAACUGAGUGCCGUUUUUGAAAACGCCGACCAACACAACCAGGGUACGCCCUUCAGGGGAGUCAGCAGACGGGCCUUGUACUCACCGGAUGGAUUCCACCGCGAUGUUAGUGAGGACGAUGCGCGACAAUCUCCAGUGCGUGGAACUUACCGCAGCAGGAUAGGCGGGAAGUUCCCCUCGUCUUUGUCCGCCGAUGACCUUCUGAGUCCGAGUCACGGCGGGGCCGAGGCUGCGGAGCGCAAGCUAAUCCUACGAGACAAGGAAGCCCAAGAUAAAGCCGAUAAGAGGCAACUAUCCAAUGCCACUACAAAUGGAAGUCAGGUCAAUGGUUCCUGUGAUGAGGACGAGAACCACCCAGCGACGAGACAAUAUAUCGAGAAUAAUGAUGGGUCAACAACGACAAAUGAUGCCAUUACCCAAAAAACUUUUGAGGAUGCGACUCCCGAGCCACCGACCGCACAAACUGCCCCGACUGGAGAAAGCCGAGAAGAUCCGACCAGAGAAGACACGUCUCCAGACUCUCCCAAAGACCGGGCGGACGAACCUGAAGAGGAAUACACGGGGAAUGAGCGGGUGAUUUUUAACGCCGAUGGGGAUGCGUGUUACCAAGGUUGGGGGGAAAGUUGCACUGACCCCGAGGAUGAGCUGUAUGGAGACGACGAAGAUAUCGUCUACGACCCCGGCUCCGAUAUGACUGAGAUUCCUGGUCUGCCGGAGGAGAACAAAGAGGACAUCCCCGCAACAAGGAAGAUUCGCUUUAGCACUGCUCCUAUAACGGUAUUCAACACUUACUCCAACGAGGACUACGACCGCCGCAACGAGGAAGUGGAUCCCGUGGCCUCGUCCGCAGAGUACGAGCUGGAAAAGCGGGUCGAGAAGCUCGAGCUUUUCCCCGUGGAGCUGGAGAAAGAUGACGACGGCUUGGGGAUCAGCAUCAUCGGAAUGGGUGUUGGCGCUGAUGCAGGCCUGGAGAAACUGGGCAUCUUCGUGAAGACCGUCAUUGAAGGUGGAGCGGCCGAAAGAGACAGCAGGAUCAAGGUGAACGACCAGAUUGUGGAGGUGGACGGGACCAGCCUGGUGGGUGUCACACAGAGUUUUGCGGCCUCUGUCCUCAGGAACACAUCGGGAGUUGUACGAUUUGUCAUUGGCCGAGAGCAACCGGGCCAGCAGAGCGAGGUGGCCACGCUCAUCCAGCAGACCCUGGAGCAGGAGAAGAGACAGCGAGAGCUACUGGAGCAGCAGUACGCCCAGUAUGACGCUGAUGAUGAUGAGCAGACAGGCGAGUACGCCACAGACGACGAGGAGGCGGCGCCUGCCGCGCCAAGCGAGGGGAAGAACAUCGAAGUGUUCGACCUGCCCGAGAACGACGACGUCUUGUCGCCGUCGGAUUUGGAUGCCACUAAACUGUUCCAGAAGUUCAGAGAGCUCCAGAUCAAACACACGGUGACUGAGGCCGAGAUCCAGAAGCUUAAAAACAAGUUGGCCUCCGUGGAGAGGGAGAAGCAGCGGUGGGAGAAGGAAAAGAGCCAGCUGAAGGCCAGCAUCGAGGAGAACAAGGAAAGGAUGCUGAAGCUGGAGAGCUACUGGAUCGAGGCGCAGACGCUGUGCCACACGGUUAACGAACACCUCAAAGAGGCCCAGGCGCAGUAUCAGACUUUGGAGAAGAAAUACAACAAAGCCAAGAAACUCAUCAAAGACUUCCAACAAAAGGAGGUGGAGUUCAUCCAGAAGGAGGAUGCUGAAAGGCGACGACUGGAGGAGGCUGAGAAAGCUCACCUGGCGGAGAUCCAGGGACUGCAAGUCAGGAUUGCAACACUAGAGUCGGAGCUGAUGCAGUUGAUGAAGCAGAACAACAUUCAGGUCAACAACAACAACAGCAACAGCGCGGAGAGUCUGCAUGCUCUGCCGCACAGCCCCACCGGAGCUGCGGCACAAGGUCGAGAACUGAGGAAGGGCUCCCCCUACUCACCCAGCAAAGCGAAAGGCUCCAGAGCAGACAGCAUCAGCUCCACAGAGGGAGAGGUCUCAGAGGGGCGCAGCAGCCCAGGACAUAGUCGCUCCGGCUCCAUUCGUAGUGUGGCCUCUUAUGAUCUGGUUCCCAAGGGUCCAGCCAGUGCAGAGGGAUCCCCCAGACGAAUAAACGAAGGUUCUCUUGCAACAUCGAGCCCCUCUCGACAAGUGGAGGAACAGAGACGAGCCCCUGAGUCUGGUUGCACGGAGCAAUUGGUAGAGGACAGCCCUCGGAAAGCCAAGCCAAAAUUUCACGAGGGGCCCGCUUUGAGUGAGGACCUGAGUGCCAGCAGCAGCAGCUCCGUGGAGAUCAGCGGGCUGGCCGGCGAAGCCAAAACAUCAGGACACGCCGAUAACUUGGCGCUUUCAUCUGAUGAGAGUCUGGAUAUGGUAGAUGAUGAGAUCUUAGAAGAAGGGUGGAUUAAGAAGCAGCAUCAGUGGCAGAAUCGCGGCGUGGCAGAAUGGAGCUCUCAGCAAGUGGUCGGCUGGCUUAUGGGCCUCAGUUUAGACCAACAUAUUCCAGAAUUCACUGCCAAAAACAUAAAUGGAGAAAAACUUCUGCAACUGGAUAGCGCCGAGCUCAAGUCCCUUGGAGUAACUUCUUCCCAGGAUCGAUCCUUGAUCAAGAAAAAGAUUAAAGACCUUAAAGUUCUGAUGGAGAAGGCCAAGAGGAACCAUGAGAAAGUGGAGAAACAGCGCGAGAAGCUCAGAAAGAGAGAGAUGGAGCAACAGCAGAAAGAAGCGUGAUAAAGCGCGGCCCAAGUGACCUGAUCCCGUGUGACUCUUUGAAUUUUGGGUUCCCGCAAAGACAAAUUGCAAAGGCUCUAAGAUUGAACCUUGCAGGAUGCCAUUCGUACAGGGUGUGGUUUGAGCUCCAAGUCUACUGUUUUGGGGAAUGUUUUCCAUCACCAAGCAAGUUAAACCAAAACAAACAGUCAGGUUACAGGAUUCUGCCCUUUCAUUUUGCCUCAUUUUACACCGAUCCUGUGUUGUUAGGCAUUUGAAAAUUUGUUUUCUAUUUAUUUUUCAUGUUUGUUGCUGUAAAUUGGGUUUAUUUAUUCAUCUCCAGGGUAAAUCUGUGACAUAGUCAAUGCAUAUUUAUCCUACAUCCUCUCCAGAGCUAACUGUGCUACCCCUUUUUCGGUAUGGAAACAUGUUUUCAGCAUUUAUUCAAUUGCUAUCCAGCCUAAGAGCUGUGUACUAGUCUGCUCUUUAUCCUCACUUGUAAGAUUACAUUUAGAAUGCGUAAUGCGCUCUAGUACAGUGACUGUGUCUCACUAGCAUUUUUCCAGUACGAGUGUCACUUUUGGCUUACUAGUAGCUUGCAAAUGAACCUCUCAAAAAAACUAUGGUACGACACUAGUUACACUCCUCGGCCUAAUGAGUAGGGAUGCGGCACGUACAAGUAGCAUCUAUCUUAAGGUCCACAUACUAGUGUGCUUUUUGUUCUCACUAGUAAGAAUUCAGUGCACUUGUGGACUACAAGAGCACAAUAGGACAAAGACAAGUUCUUUGCACUACAAGUGCCACCAUUAUUAUGCAAUUAAACCUUACUAAUAAACUACUGAGGUGUACUCGUAACUAAUACUAGUAGGCAUGUGUCACAUUAUUAGCCUCCUAAAUGGUCAAACUGCAGCAUUUAUUUACUGUCCAUCCCCAAAUUAAGGUUCCUGUAUGAGUUUGCUCUAUUUCCUUUUUUCUAGUACAAUUACAUUGUUACUAGUGAGGCAAUACUGUGCACGAGGAGACAUCUGAGCAUCACAAGUAUUAGUAGCAAGGCACUGGAUGUUAAUUAGUCGACUGUUAUAAUACCAAUACUAGUGGCGCACAGUUGUCAACUAGGGCACAAAUUUGCCUCACUACGAAUAUACAAUUUUCCUACUAGUUUGCCAAAGCUGUUUUACUGCUGAGGACAAAGAGCAUCCUAGUACAUGGACAUUAAGUUGGAUAUCAAAUAUAUUAAAAAAAAUAAAUAAAUAAUCGAGGCUUUUCAAAUUUCAGGACCUUUCCAUAUAUCAGCCUGUACAGUGGAUACUGAUACAAAUGUGUCUGAUGUGCCAUUUUAAUAGACUCAUAUUUAUACACUCAUCGAUCACUGGAACCUUUACAAUAGGGGGCAAUACUCAUAGUGACCACUAGGUGUCACCACGCUGCUUAGUUUUGCUGUUGAAGGAAAACACUGGAACUUUUCUACUAUAUGUCUCAACUUGCCAGACCACUGGAAGUGCAAACGCUGUAAACUUUUGCACUGGCGUGUGCAAUGUUCCUUGCGGUAUAAAUGCACUGCUAUCCAAUACUGUGAAGCAGGUCUCAAAAGUGGAUGUACUUUAUGACUGCUUCUAAUGGAGACCGCUGGCAAAUGUAAAUGACCAAACCUAUUCUACAAAAAAAAGAAAAAAAAAUUAACUGAACUUCCUGCUGAUAUAUACAGUAUACUGUUGCUUGUCACCCGCUUUGACCUCCUUUUUGUAUUCCUUUUAAAUAACUAAUAUCCAACAGCUGCCUUUAGAAAGUUUAGAGAAUUUUCCUGAAAUAACUCGCGAGACACUUUUUUUUUCCCUGCAAUAAGAAGAAAAAAAAAUAUGAGAUGAAAAAUGAUACUGAGGAAGGAAGGCAGCCAUAUCAUAUAAAUGGUUCACGUCUGUGCACAGACGGGGUUCAAAUUCACAAUUUAUACUUUGAUGUUAGACUGGAAAGGACAUGCAAUGAAUAUAUGAAAAGUGUUACUUCCCUGUCAUUACUGUGAACAGUUCUAUAGGUUUACAAAUAUAGACUGUUGUCACCAUGAUCAAUGUCCACAUUCUUGUUUCUUAUGUCUGUGUAUAUGAACUAAAGUCAACUGAUCACGUAAGGAAAUUACAAUGAGCCAAUAAUGAUUGAUCUAGAAUUGUAUGUUUAUUGAUUCCUUUCCGCAUAAAUGAUUUGAUUUAUUGAUUCAAACUGAAUUGCAAUGUGCUCAAAGGCGGGGUCUUUAACAAAGCGUCUCAUUGCACUUGUUUAGUUUCCUCUCAUCCAUCCAUAUGCUGCCACAAUCUUUUCAUAUUUAUAUCCUAAUUUUUUGUUUCAUUCACUGUGAGACGGUGCAGUGUGCUGAAGCAACUUCUCUUACCUGGUGUGAUGAAUACAAUGCAUAGAUGUGACACUGGUGCUCCCAGCAGGCCAAAAUAAACAGUCCGAGUUGUGUCCACAAGG